AUGCCAUCGAAACAAGUCAGGGUUGAUACUGACACCACCUAUCGCUCGGAAACGCCACUACGACAAAAGAAGUUCCCCAAUCGACGACGCACUGUACGCUCGUCUGGGGUCGGUACACUUGCUCCGCUGCGCCAGCAGUCCACCUUGACGCAACAACCACAUUGGCCUGUGUCUCGUAGUUCGCCAACCGCCGAACUUGAAGAUGACGUUGAGAUUACGGAUCAAGAUUACGAGGACGACUUGGAAAGAUCAAGACCUAGACGGAAGAAGCGAAAGAGCGAGAGCGAUGGCAAGAAGCAGACAACCAUGACUCAAUAUGUGCCAUCCUCUUUCAGAGGAGAGCGCUCCGAUCGAGCUGCUGAUGUCCUGUUACAAAUCGUCAAUGUCGAGUCCUUCGAUAGCGUCCGAGAUUCACAGUCGCAACCAAUUUUCGACAAACACAACAACCCGGAUGUAGCGAUUCAAGAAGACUUUGAUGGAGAUGCAGAUGGAGCGCAUUCCAGCGACGCAGAGGUGCAACAAGACGAGGAAGAGCACAGCCAGAGGACGCAACCCAGCCCAGAGCAUGGAGAGGACAGGGUAGAUUCGGUCUUUGCUAAACAGAAAGGGCAACAGAGGCCGAGUCCAGAACUACCGGUAUCUGCCAUGACUCUAAGGACCCCGAGAAGGAAGUUCAUGUCCGAAAUUCCAUCGUCCAACACUCCACAAAGCGCUAUCAUAUCCAUCUGCUCGGCCAAAACGAUGCGCUCACCUGAGCGUUCGCCAUUGCGAAACAAAAGUAUCAAUGCAUAUUCGCAAAAUCAUGCCGUCGAGGACAUCAGGAUGAGCCCUGUUCCGGAGAGUCCUACCAAACCUAUAUCCCCUUUCCGUCUAUCGCCCGUCAAGAACAGACCCACCUUCGCUAUACCAGCCAAGCCUCCGACACUCCAGCAUCGUAGUACCAUUCCCGACUCUGAAGACACGGCAACACAAGUGACCCCGUUGAAACAAAACAAAUUCCGGAGUCAGAUACCGGACACUCAGAUGGAUUUGUUUGGCGAAGAGGUCGCCGCCGUGACUGAGACGCAGCUUCCAGUCGACAACUUCACCCAGUAUCUUGGAGGAACAUACUACGCCGAAAACGACGAUUAUGAAUACAACUUCGACCCAGUCGGUAGCGCCUUGGACCGCGACGCCGCUCGAUUUAUGCAAACACAACUGCAUCGAGAUCGCAUCGGUUACAACGCUUUCCACAAGGCAAGAAGCUUCUCUCAAGCUGAAGAACAAGAGACCGAGAAGGAGCCCGGGCGAGAACAAGUUGAAGGAUUCCAAGAUUCCAACCUGCCGAUAGCCCAGCAAUCUCAAGAACUAGGUGACGAGUUGCCUGUUUCCAAUCAAAGAUUUGAACAGCCUGAGCAAGAUUACGAGGAUCCACCUACCCAAUCACCACGCUCGUCUCCCCAACAGCCUCCUCAAGUAACCUACGAGUCCGACGAAAUAGAGGAGAUAGACCUGUCGGGUGACAUAAUUCUUCCGAAAACGAUCGUACGAGAGAUCAUACAAAUCGCCUCCUCUCCAAACAGCAAGAGUGUCAGUAGCGGAAAGUAUCCGUCUUCGCCACCUGCUGUUGUUGAGAACGAUGCGCGCCUUCGAGCAGAAGCGGAAGCAGAGGCAGAAGCCCAAGAGCUGCUGAACGAUGCCGAACGUCAUUCAUCGCCGCCUCUUCCAAUCAUCCUACCAAUACCUCCUUCACAGGUUAGUACGGUUGGUGGUACACAGCUAUUCCAUUCUCUCAAAAGACACACCCAGAAAGCUGCAUAUCUGAGUAGUAGCCCACCACCUCUGCCCCCUUCAACAUCAUCGCCUCCACCUGAAGCAAAACAACGCUUCAGGAAGUUUCUUGACAUGUAUGACUCUGAUGAUGAGGAUGAAAUGGAUACAGACCACUCCGAGUUACCUGAGUACGGCGGUGAGGACGACGGCAUGGAUCUAGACUUCGCACCUCAGCGAUUUAAUGACAUCAGUCGCGCUGUGGAAGAUGAACAUGAGAAGGAGUCAGAAGAUGAGGGAGGUCGUUCAAGACUCAGAGACAUAUUGCCGGACACACUUUUCGACUUUUCUUUGCCGCCUCCACCGACGCAGAGUUCAGUGAGGAGCACGAGGUCUCGAUGA